CCUUAAUAAUGCGAGCCCGGCGCGCGAGCCUCAGAGCGCGGCUGACUCGAUCUGCACGACUUUCACGCGGAGAUGUUCUGCUACUGGGGAGAUGACGUCAGAGCGGGCUUUGGCCUGGUCAAGCCUGAUGGGGUGAAGAAGACCACUUCUGGUGUUUUCUUCUGUUCUCCAAAAUCCAGAAUCAAGCAGCUCGCGCCCGGGAAGGGGCUGGUGGGCUUCGUGCGCGGAGAGGGGAACGUGUCCGUCAUCAGAGUGCCCCCUGCUGGCGGACUGCAGUGCGGCAGGCUGAAGAAUCUGGAGCUGAAAGACAAGAUCAGACUGAUGAGCUGCGGAGAAACUCAAGCAGUUCUUCUUACAUACGCAGGCAGAUCGUUUUGGAUGGACAAACAUAACCACUGCAGACCCAUCAAGGAGCUCUCCAGUUGGAAUGUGAUUCAGGUUGUAUGUGGCGACCAGCACUGCAUGGCACUAACACAAGAUGGUCAUUUGUUUACGUGGGGUCAGAACUCCAGUGGUCAGCUGGGCUUGGGGAAAGGUGAGCCCAGCUUUCUGUCUCCUCAGCCCCUCAAGUCUCUGUGUGGGAUCCCGCUGGCUCAGAUCUGCGCCGGGGGAGACCACAGCUUUGCCCUUUCUCUGUCUGGAUCUGUGUUUGGAUGGGGCAGGAACAGCGCUGGACAGCUGGGCCUUGGAGACACUGAGGACAGAUACAUUCCAGCCUGUGUGAAUAGCUUGACCUUCAAGAAAACAGUCUUCAUCUCAUGUGGAGAGGAGCACACUGCCACUUUGUCAAAGGGAGGAACUGUUUUCACGUUUGGAUCGGGUCGUUAUGGGCAGCUCGGACAUAACUCGUUCAGAGAUGAACGCCGACCUUGUGUGGUGGGUGCACUCUGGGGGUCAGAGGUGUCCCAGAUCACCUGUGGAAGGCACCACACUCUGGCACUGGUUGGAUCAUCAAAAACGAUCUACUCUUUUGGAUGUGGAGAACAGGGACAGCUGGGAAAUGGACAGAGAACCGAUCAGUGUGUGCCAUUUCCUGUUCACCUGCCACCAGAUGCCAAUCAUGACCAAUCGGUUGAGCAGAUCGUUGCUGGUGGGAACCUUUCCUUCGUCUUGUGCUCUCAGCAGGAAGCUGAUAAUAGCUCAGUGCACCCGGAAUCGAACCGAGGGAGAGGGAUUUUAACGUUAGGAGACCGAAUGAUUGACAGAUGGAUAUCUGAGUGUGACUCAAAUCAGUGGAGGACAAUCAAGAAAGAAAUUAAAAGAGUGUUCUCCUCUGAAGCAUGUUUGAAUGCAAGCUUCCUUAAGAAAAGUUGUGAUGAACAUUAUCAAACUUCUACAAGCUUCUCUGGUUUGGAUAUGGAAUCAGUGAGAGCUGCUGUUAAGCGGUUAGCACAGAAAGAGAAGGUGCUGUUGGAGGUAGGGAAGAUUGUGGAGAAGGAUCUGCUCCCCUCUCUGGGCUCCACUGCUGUUGGUGCUGAAGCUCUGAGAGUUUACCUCAUCCUGCCUGAAAUCCUCAGAGUGCUGAACAAACGUCUGCACGAGACAAAACUCACUGUUGAAUUGGCUUCUGCCCUCUUAAAGCUGAACCCUUCUAUGCUCCAGGCUUUGGUGAAAUACUGGUCUGAGCUCUCUGAUGACUUCCUUAAACCCUUGGUGAAGCUCUUUCACAAACCGUCUGCACACUUCGUAUCUCAGAGGACAUUUAACAGACAAGCGGAAUCCUCGGAUGGACAUCUACAGAACCUUGUGCACGUCUUACAGAUGCUCUACAAGGUGUCCUGCAGUGGCAAAAGAAAAAUCACAUCUGGAGAUUUUGUCAUCUAUGAGAUCAACGUUCUGUUUGAAAUAUUGCAAACUGUUUAUAACAAUAUGCAGCUGAAUAGGUAUCCUGGCCCUGUAGCGCUCGCAAAUAAACAGUAUCUAGAGUGUACCCUGGCCCUUCUGAACUCCACUCCUUGCAUCUUUAACCUGGAGGCUAAGUGCAACCUACUAAAAUUGAGACAAGUGAGGACUUGCUUCAGGCUGGUGUUGAGACGCAGUGCGCUCCUGGAGGACUGUUUUGCUCAGCUGAGAACUGCUAAUCAGACCGCUCUGAAAGGUUGGCUGCAGGUGGUGUACUCUGAGAAGUUUGAAGAAACAGAUGUUAAUAAGAGGGACUUCUUUCUCAAUGUAUUUCGCACUUUGUUGGAACCAGAAUCCAAAAUGUUCAUAUACAACGACACAAAAACACUGAUUUGGUUUCCAGCUGAGCCCAGUUUACAGGAGGAGAGCUACUUUCUGUUUGGAUGCCUGUGUGGUCUGGCCUUUUACAACAACAGUGUAGUGAACCUGCCCUUUCCUUUGGCCCUGUUCAAGAAGCUUGUCGGCAUCCAGCCUACUCUGGAGGAUCUGACUGAGCUUAGUCCUGUUCUUGGAAGGAGCCUGCAGUACGUACUGGAUUACAGUGAUGAAGAUGUUGAUUGCCUGGACAUGACUUUCAAAAUCAUAUGGGACAACAAGGAGGUCGAACUGGAUCCAAAUGAAUCUGGGAAAGUCGUCACAAGCUCAAACAAAAAGGAGUUUGUGGACGCCUAUGUGGAUUACACCAUGAACAAGUCAGUGGAGCGAGUGUUUGAAGAGUUCAAGAGGGGCUUCUACAAAGUGUGUGCCCAAAAUGUGGUUCAGUUCUUCCAGCCCGAGGAGUUGAGAGGGGUGAUGGUGGGCACAGAGGAAUACGAUUGGAGUAUACUCAAAAAGAAUGCAACCUAUGAAGAAUUGUUCUAUGCAAGACACCCAACUAUUGUCUCACUCUGGGAAGUGUUUGAUGGACUGUCAGAAAAAGACAAGAAAGCCUUCCUCUUGUUUUUGACGGGGUUUGACCGAGUGCCGAUUCUGGGUAUGAAUCAAGUGAAGAUGAGGGUGCGCCCCCUAUUAAACUCUACUGAAGACCACCUGCCUCAAGCCCUUACCUGUCAUUCCCUGUUGGAGCUCCCUAUGUACCAAACCAAGCGAACUCUCGAAGCUAAACUCAAGGAGGCCCUAUACCACAAGAGGGGCUUCUGGGAGGAAUAAAAUUCCUCAUUAGUACACACUGGGCUUUUACCAUAUUACCUUGGUGGUGGUUUUAAUGGUAAUGACUUCCAUCUGAAAUCAGGGAACUCACAAGAAACGCUGCACAUAUCUGGAAGAAUGGAGAAAAUAUGGUUAGGGAAACAUGGUUGUUUGUCUUAACUGUUGAGCGAGAGAUGUAUAUUUACAGUGGUGCUUGAAAGUUUGUGAACUCUUUAGAAUUUUCUAUAUUUCUGCAUAAAAGUUGAUUUUCCUCAGUAAAACAAUUUUUGGGUCACAAUUAUGCAGAAAUUCAAGCACCACUGUAAGCAUUAAGUAUUGCUUUAAAUCCAUUCCUGCACUCAAGAAUUCCUGCACUGGUGAAUAAGAUGGAAGAAGGCUUGUUUUAAGGCACAACGCACUCAGUUCCAUUGUUUUUGUAGAUUGUAGUUUUAACCUUGUUAACUAUAGGCUUAUUUCAUUGAUUUAUCAUAUGACUUACUUUUUUAUGCAGUUAAGGGUUAAGGAGGUGUAAAAGCCAGGCUUAGUCAGGCUAUCUUUGGCCUUUGUAUGAUGACCAGUCCCCAUCUGCAUUCCUCACUACAAGAUAUGCCAAAUACCAGACUUGGCUACAUAAUCAGUAUACAAAAAAAUUCUGUUCCAGAAUAAUGUUACAGAAAACAGAUUAGAGAUCAUAAAAAGGAUGAUAACAGCAGGAUUAGACUCUCUCUUACGAAGCACUCCUGGUGAUUUUCUGGCCAGUCCUCAAUUCUACUAAGUAAACCUACAGUCUUCACCCAAUGAAUGGCUUAUAUUGAAGGUAUUACGGUAACAGGCUAACCUGGUUAGCGUUUGCAUUCUUAUUACAGUCAACACCAGACUUUCCUUGAACAUUACAUUUUGAGAGGUUAAAAAGCUGUAUUUAUUUAGUUACUUAUUUAUUUUCAAAAGCAGUUAACAUUUGGGGUAAGAGGUUUCCCCAGACAUUGGGCAAAAGCCCCCCUUUCACAAACUGACCCAAGAAUCUUAUUGUUGGUAUAGUGUAGUGGUUAACACUUCUGCCUUGUAGACUGGGGUUCAAACCCCCACCAGGGUAAGCACCCUACACUAUACCAAUAAGAGUCCUUGGGCAAGACUCCUAACACCGCCUUGGUCUACCUGUGUAAAAUGAUCAAAAUUGUAUCGAUCUGUAUAAUAGCGUCUGCCAAAUGCCAUAAAUGUAAAUAUUAUUACAGAUGCAAUGUUUACUGGAGUUUCACUAGCUAGUUUUAGCAUUAUUAUUUAGCAUUAUUAUUUAGCAUUAUUAUUUAGCAAUCAUUAACUAGAAUUCAGAAGCGAUUUUAACAGUCUUGUUGAACUUGAGUUUGUAUGUGACUUUUGCUAGUCAGCAGAGUUAACUUUACAUGCAAUUUGUAAAUGAUGUUAUUAUAUGCACUAAUCAUGUACAGUAACCAAUGAAAUGCUUAAUUCUUUGUUUAAUUUGCUAUUGUUAUGAUGGUUGAUAUAAGAAUGAAAAAUAUGUGGCAAUAAUAAAAGGUUGAUGUAAUAUCAUUAAGCAAUUUAAUAUGAUCACAAUAAAUAGUACAUAAAACUGA